AUGAAACUGAAACUGUGUGGACGACGAGAAUGGAAUUUAGACGAUAGUUACAUGAUGGCGCCCAGAACAGAGUUUUUCGACGCUUCACCAAGUGUGCUGCUUUUCGACCAAAGGGAAGAAUUGUUACAAAUAAGAAUUGUUCAGAAAUUAAAAAUAACAAACGUCCUGUCCAUAACAAUAUGCGUUGUCUUACUAAUCGACAAGCAACUUGACUACUAUUACUCAAAUGAAAAGUUUAACUAUGUGUUUAUGAUAACUAUUAACGCCAUUAUGUUAAUGUCAAACUUUUUAAUACUGCGAGGUGCAUGGAUGCAACAACAGAGAUAUGUGAUGGCCUGGAUUUUCCUGUAUAUUGUGCUGGUGUUCUUGGAAAAUGUAGUUGGUAUAUCUGCAUUUAUUCUUGCAAUGGUAGCUCAUGCAUCUGCAUGGUGUGCUGUGCCAUUUGUUCUGAUGAUCAUUUUAGAUGUUUUGUAUGUCUACUGCAUUCUCACAGUCCACAAAUACUGCCGCAGUUUGGAAGGAUAUUCUGUAUUUCCUUGAAUUCUGAAUUUUUUAUUUAAAAACUUUGAGUGACCAAAAAAAAAUACAAAAUCUCACUUGUAGGCCUAUAUUCAUUUAUUAUAUUGUGUUAUAAUGUCACUUCAUAAUGUGAAUCUGAGUAUUUAUUAUAAGAACUAAUUUUGUACAAAAAUGUACAAGUGACGGCAGCAAAUCAGUAUUGUCUAGUUUAUUACUGUAAAUAAUUUAUCAUUGUACAACAUUGUAUAAUACGCAAUUAUUUUGUAUGUAAAUUAUGUGUAAUUGAAUGAGAAG